CUAUAGGUAUUUUCAAAGACACGGGAAGCAGCAGCCACGUCGUACUUCAUUUCCCAGGAGGAAAUGUAAUCUGUCAGUUUUAUACGAUCUACGAGCUCAGACAGGCAGUGCAAGGGAGGACUCAUCUGAACGGUGUCAAUUCUGUCUGUCUUUCAAUGAUUAUUGCAUUUGCAGUCAAAACAGGCAACAUUUAAACUCACUUGGCUAUAAAUAGUGAAUCCCUAGCCCCCCGCCCGCUACCCUUGCACAGAGAUAUGAGCGGCAGCGGGCGGCCCAGAACUAGCUCGUUUGCUGAGCCACAAGGUAUUCCUGGAGCAACUGCAGCAUCCACUGGAUCAGCCGCUGCCGUGGGGAGCAGCACAGGAAAGACCGGGGUCCCGCAGGCCUCGGGGAGCAGUUCGUCUGGAUGCUCGAAUUUAAAGCUGUCCAGGGACAGUGGGAAGGUGACUACGGUGGUGGCCACAUCUGGGCAGGGUCCCGACCGUCCACAGGAGGUGUCCUACACGGACAUCAAGGUGAUCGGGAAUGGCUCCUUCGGUGUGGUGUACCAGGCGCGCCUCAUCGACAGCCAGGAGAUGGUGGCCAUUAAGAAGGUGCUGCAGGAUAAGAGGUUCAAGAACCGAGAGCUACAGAUCAUGCGAAAGUUGGACCACUGCAAUAUCGUGAGGCUACGCUACUUCUUCUACUCUAGUGGUGAAAAGAAGGAUGAGGUGUAUCUCAACCUGGUGCUGGACUUUGUCCCGGAGACCGUGUACAGGGUUGCCCGGCAUUUCAACAAGGCAAAAAGCAUCAUUCCUAUCAUUUACGUCAAGGUGUACAUGUACCAGCUGUUUCGCAGCCUGGCCUAUAUCCAUUCCCAGGGUGUCUGCCACCGAGACAUCAAACCCCAGAACCUCCUGGUGGACCCUGAAACAGCCAUCCUAAAGCUCUGUGACUUUGGGAGUGCUAAGCAGCUGAUUCGUGGGGAGCCCAACGUGUCGUACAUCUGUUCGCGGUACUACCGCGCCCCAGAGCUCAUCUUCGGCGCCACCGACUACACGGCCAACAUCGACAUCUGGUCGGCGGGCUGCGUGCUGGCUGAACUGCUGCUGGGACAGCCCAUCUUCCCCGGGGACAGCGGAGUGGACCAGCUAGUAGAGAUCAUCAAGGUUUUGGGAACUCCAACACGUGAACAGAUCCGUGAAAUGAACCCCAAUUACACAGAGUUCAAAUUCCCCCAGAUCAAAGCGCAUCCCUGGACUAAGGUGUUUAAGCCUCGCUCCCCUCCGGAGGCCGUCGCCCUGUGCUCGCGCCUGCUGGAAUACACCCCGGUCACGCGCUUCUCGCCCCUGGAGGCCUGCGCUCACGCCUUCUUUGACGAGUUGCGCCAGCCCAAUGCCCGGCUGCCUAGCGGGCGACAGCUGCCCCUGCUCUUCAACUUCAGCACCACCGAGCUGUCAAUCCAGCCCCAACUGAACUCCACCCUCAUUCCUCCUCAUGCCCGCACACAGACUGCUUCCUCUGAUGGCUCUGGGUUAGACGGCUCCUCUCAGCACAGCUCUGUACCCGGAUCACUAAACAACAGCACCUGAAAUGUCCCUGCAAACCCUCUGUUUGUCUGCCAGCCCGACACACACACACACACACACACACACCUACCUGUCUGCCAGCCUAAACACACACACACACACUGUAUUGCUUCGUUCUUCCUUGCUGCUUGUUAUUUUCCCCCAUUGGUUACAAACAUACCUUUUUGUACUGUACAUACAUUGAACAAACCAUUCAUAGUGGAAGAGGAUAUCAUUAGCUGACAAGGUAGUUUUGUUACAUGAAGUUGAAACGCGAUCAGCACUACAGGCUAAGAGUUGGAGACACAUACACACUUUCUCAUGUACUGACACCUUAAGUGUUAUCCCACUCCCUGGCUGCAUCUCCUUUGGCCCAGCUCUCUUUCUCUCCGGCUGUUUAUAACACUCAUGUUCCUGCUGUUGGGGGUGGCAUUUAAAGCUCCAGUAGGUUCCUGCUGUUGGGGGUGGCAUUUAAAGCUCCAGUAGGUUCCUGAUGUUGGGGGUGGCAUUUAAAGCUCCAGUAGGUUCCUGAUGUUGGGGGUGGCAUUUAAAGCUCCAGUAGGUUCCUGAUGUUGGGGGUGGCAUUUAAAGCUCCAGUAGGUUCCUGAUGUUGGGGGUGGCAUUUAAAGCUCCAGUAGGUUCCUGAUGUUGGGGGUGGCAUUUAAAGCUCCAGUAGGUUCCUGAUGUUGGGGUGGCAUUUAAAGCUCCAGUAGGUUCCUGAUGUUGGGGGUGGCAUUUAAAGCUCCAGUAGGUUCCUGAUGUUGGGGGUGGCAUUUAAAGCUCCAGUAGGUUCCUGCUGUUGGGGGUGGCAUUUAAAGCUCCAGUAGGUUCCUGAUGUUGGGGGUGGCAUUUAAAGCUCCAGUAGGUUCCUGCUGUUGGGGGUGGCAUUUAAAGCUCCAGUAGGUGGGGCAGGUCCUCUGUAUAAUAUUCUUUAUUUAAUUUUUUUAAUCAAUGUAUUUUUUAUUUUUUUUGACUGAAGAGUUCCUGCCACCACCACACACAAAGUAAACAGGAGUUUGUCUAUAGAAGCCAAUUGAGGUGUUUGCCCAGUUAGUCUAUGAUACGACCAAAUUAUUCUAAUGGGAUAAAAUGGUGCUGGUUGCAAGAGAGUGAUGAAGAGGCUGUGUUUCUUUUAUACUUUUAAAUGAUAUUUAAAGAGAUUAAAUGACAGCUGCUUUUUUCUUUUACUUGUAAAUGUAUUUAUUUUUUAAUUUGCUUCGGAAAAGGCACUGUGAAUUUUUACAUUGAAACGGGAGUGCAAGUUAUAAUUGGUAGCCGUACUUGCUAGCAAUUUCCCAUUUUGUGUGUUGAGGACCUGAAGGAAAAGUUGAGGGUGGUGGUGUUUGUGGUGACUGAGAGAUCCAGGAUUCACAUCUAUGUAGCAGCAUCUCUCCCACUGACAAUCCCAAACUGAGCUCCCUUUUACUGUCCAUGGGAAGACAAUCAAGGUGCUAUGGAUGAUUUUAAGACUGCUGCGGUAGUCAAUUGUCACCUUCCUAUUGGCUUCAAUAAAUGGCAUACCAUCAAUAUAUUCUACGGUGAGGUUACAUGUUUGAUCAAAAAAAGAAUCUGGUUUUGGUUAAUUUGGCGCUUGUUUUCCAUUCAUAGCAUGAACUCUUCAGAACUCCUGAUUUUGAAAGAGGGAGCUUUCUGAAAGUAUUUACAAACCGGGCUGUGUUUUGAGAUGUUCAUUUGAAAUUUGCCGUGAAGAAAGUGGACUUUUCGCAGCACACUUGUAAGAAUCUUUGUCAGUGUGGCACCCAUCUAGUUUGUAGAGGACGAAGGGAUUAUCAACUAUGGGGGUUCAUCCAUAUGGACAUAAAUAUAUACUAUAUGGAGUAGUUGAUUCCAGUUUGGACUGUGAAGCAGACCAUGAUCCCAGUUCCUUAUAAAUAAAUUCUCUGAAAUGGGAGUCAAGGUGGGUCUGUGUGAAGACGUACUCUGUUACUGGUGUAGAAGGGCAGAUAGCUAGUUUAUAGUAGUCCUGCAGGCUUGUACUUUGCUGUGUGCUUGUGGGAGUUCAUGAGAAUAAGUGAGACAUUGAAGGGUGGGGGAAUAGCUGAGUUUCUGUGUUCAUGUGAAUAAUUGUACCCGCCAAGUCAAAGGCCACCAUUUUUAAAAAGCCAGUGUUGUAGGUUUAGCUCAGUUCUCAGUAAUGACCACUUGAAUGCUUUCUAUUGCAGGUGUGUUAUGCUAUUGUACAACCUCUGCCACCCCCUUGUAUGAACAACCCUCAUGUGCUGACAUUGAUUUUAAAUAACUCAUUUUCCCUCCCUUUAUCCAUUUGAAGCCAUCUGCUUCCUAGCCCAGAAUCCCAACUGAUUUGCUUGAAAUGUAGCAUAUCGUUUUGGAUUCCAUUUGCUUCUCUCCCCUAACCCAUGCCCCCCCCCCUCAUCUUAUUGCACAUCUGUAAAUAUCACCACUUUUCUUUUUUGUCAUUUUCCUCGUUAUUUUUAUUCGCGUUUAUUUUCCAGUACCUGUUGAAGCCGUCCGUAACUGACUGGUCUCAUUUCCAUUCAAAAGUCUGUAAAUACAAUUUGUUUUCGAUGUCCUGAUUUAAGAUGUAAAUACCCCCCUAAAAAAAAAAAAUGUUAUUUUUUCUUCUCCCUAUUUGUUGAUGUCUCUCUCUCUCCAUCUCUCUGGUUGUGCACCCCCAUCAACAUACGAUUGUACUGUAUCUCGCUGCUUUAUUUAUUGCUCACUUGGUGUUCUCUCAUGUAGGGAGAGGUUGAGGCACCUAACUGUUUUGUGGGCAUUAUGUGAAAUGUACUGUACUUGGCACCCACACAUUGGAAUUUUAAAGCAAGUUACUUUUUUGAAUGGGGAAAAGGUGUUUGGUUGGACAUAUCACGAUUUAAUCACUCUCUGGUACGAUUCCAACUAAAUCAUUUCCAGUUUCACAUAUGUACUGACCUAUGACAGGGAAAUUUGAGUGUGGGCUGUUUUGAGUUUACCAGACAACCAUUCGGCCAAUGACUUGCCCCCAUUCAUUACAAUGGGUACCUAAAAAGAUUUUAAGUGUGUGAAAGUGCCAUGUUGGGAUGCAGAGGAGCCAUAAUACCUUUUUUUACCCAGUGUAAUGUGAAGGGUAAACCUGAGGGCCAUGAUGGCGACACAAGUCGGUUGAUGCAGCCAGCCUCCCGCCCUUGACAAUGCCUGAGCCCAUCACGGACAAUUCUGACCUCUGCUGCUUUCAAAAUGGCAGCCAUGGACAAAAUUCAGUGACUGCAGUACGACGAGCCAGUUACCAACCCCCUCCCCUUCUGUGUGUGCUUCCGUGAGCGUGUGUGGAAGUGUGUGUUUAUGUACCUGCCUAGCUGCUGGUUUCAUAACUAAAUCUCAGCAGUAUCAGGCUACUAGUGUCUAUCCUAUAAGUACCGUGUGUGUAUCAACAUGUGUAUGUAUAGCAACCCAAGUGAGGUCACUUUUACUGUUCUGUGACGUGGAUCAGGCAUUUUUCAUUCCAAUCCUGUUUCUAUUGCGUCAUCCUGGCCAGGAGAACUGGUGUGUGUUUUUGGGAUGAGGGAGGAGAGUGAAGGAGGGAGAGAACCAAACGGUCUGUAUGAAAUGGUCUCAUUUAAUAAAGUGAAAAAUCGAAUGAC